CGGUAGCAUAGCACGUGAGGAGCCAGUUCAGUGCCGACCAUCAAGGAGGAAGGCCGCGCUGGUCCUCUCAUACUUCCAGUGUGACCUGUAAUAUUUUUUCUUGUGGUGAUUGCGAAUUAUUUGACUGACUUUGUACAUUAUUAGUGAUCACAAUGGCGAGCUUAACACUCGAGGAAGAUUUAAAUGCAGCAGCAUGCUUAGUUGCCAUGAAGGGGGGUCGUAGGCUGAACCCAUGGGCGGCUCCAGACACCCACAGUCAACGCCCACGCCUUCAAGUAAAAACUAAUCUACCGCUGCAGAACUCGUACCACGACCUACCACCCACCCACACCCCGGCCUCCAGCCCCGAGCACUCACCUUGCGUUGAAUACACACAUCACACCCUGCCCCUUUCUCCCGCCCACCAUAUGUAUCAGCCGCCCACUCCGCCCACUCCUCCAUCGCCUCCCACGUCCAACCUGGAGGACCACUCGUACUGCCCCUCCAUGGACGCCACAGACCCAACACCCGACAACUCUGUGUACCUGAUUGCCAGCAUCCUUGCCGACCUCAAGCGCGUACCGCAAGAUCGGUUCGAGGUGCGAGAGAAGGACUUUUCGCCGACGAUACAGGACCUUCAGACGCCCGCACACACUCCCCCACAGACACAAGAGCUCCCACUCGACUUCAGCAGAAGAGGAGUAAGAGCACCAGAGGCAGCAACCCCAGCACGGACGUCAAAAGGCGCGGGUGGGAGGCGUGGGCGUGGUCGGGCCACCCAGCACAGAGAUAAGGAUGAUAAGCGCGCCCAUCCGUGCAACUUCCGCGCCCACCCGUGCACCUUUCCCGGCUGUGACAAGAUAUACGGAAAAUCCUCGCAUCUCAAGGCCCAUCUCAGGACACACACAGGAGAGCGGCCUUUUGAGUGCACAUGGACAACUUGCUGUAAAAGAUUUGCCCGCAGUGAUGAAUUGGCAAGACACACCAGAACUCACACAGGGGAGAAGAACUUUGUCUGCCCAGUAUGUCAAAAACGAUUCAUGCGAUCAGAUCAUCUCAGUAAACAUGCUCGUCGUCACCCUGAUUUUGAUCCCUCACUUCUUCGGCAACGGCGUCAUGCCCUUCCAGCACAGACCACCACCACCACCUCUCCUAUUGUUACAUCAGACAGUGAAGAACCAAGUUCACCUUGAGGUCUGUCUACCAUAGGAUGUGUACUCAAGCUGCUGCCGUCUCUGUGCCAGAAGCGGACCUUUUGCCGCACAGUACAAAGUGGCGUUAUUUUUUCAGCGCUACAACCUCAUGAGGGGUGUUGAGGCGUUUAAGUGGUGCAAGAGAGGACCAAUAUAGGAUUGUUUUAAGUGAUUUUGUGGUGUGAUGUACGUUGAAUCCACCCACUAAACGUUCAAUCCACCCAUUUUCAUAUUUGUAAAUAUUGUUUUUUCUUCAAAAGUUAAUAGGCUCUACCCACUCAGGUCUGUGAGGCAUACCACACAAUACCUACAAUUGCUCAGCAUUACGUAUUGAAGUGCAACAUAAUGUAAUGGUGAUGAGUGUCAUGUAUCAUCUGUGCACAUGCUUUCAUCAGCUCAAAACAGAUGUGAUGUAUAUAUAUUUUACAUGAAACAGUGAAUGAUGCUCUUUUUGAUAUAUAAUGUAUUUUUAAUUGUUCCAUGACUUAUGGGAGUGUAUCACAGCUGUGUCUUGUAACUCAGAUUCAUAUACAUAUCUUAUAAAUAGGUUCAAAUUGUAAUCAUAUGCACAUGUAUAUGUAUACCUAUAAUAUCUAUGUAUUCCUCAUGUAUGAGUGUGUGUGUGUGUGUGUGUGAUCCUCUAUAUCCAUUUGAAGCACCACAGAAGGCCAUUUGAGGAUAAACCAGAGUCACUUUAGAGAAAGUGGUCCUGGUCAGAAAUUUCUCACCUGGUCUCCAGAGAAUACAGGGUUAUUAGAGUAUCAGAGGAUGUCCUACCCUACCAUGUACAAGAUGUCUGUGUGAUUUAGCCAGCUAAACAGCCCAUGGAGUUUAUGCCAGUAAGUUGUAUGCUUUAGGUAUACAUACUGGAUAUAUUCAAGGUAUGCAAAUGCUGACUAUCACAUGUUUCCUUUCCCAGGUCAUAUCAGUACAUACAAGUUAAUGUCAAUAUUCCAUAUACAAUUUUAUGAACAAAGUAUUAUGAACACUGCACAAAGUAUUACAAAUCUUGUUGGACUAACAUUCAUUCAAGUGUGUUCUUUACUGUGGCUGAUUUUAAGGAAAAUAUUUUAGAAUUUUUGUUUAUAGAAAAUAAAUUGUUUUUGUGACACUUUGAUAUACUGAUUAUGACAGGUUGUAGUACUUUACCUGGUGCUAUAAAGUGCCUUAGAUGGUUGGAGCACCAAUGUUCCCAGACUCAGCAUCAUCCCUGUGUGUAAGAUGUUCAGUCAGUAUCCUCUCUACAUCAACUCACUUAUUUCAUCCUUUUCAUCCGCUUUCCUUGUGUUAGUUAAUGUAGUAUCACCUUAAUAUGUGCAUACUACCCAAGUAUUCAUAUGUUUAAUGUUAGGCAUUAUUUAUCCAUAUAUACUGUACUUCAUGUAUUCAUGUUGUAUCGCACAUUAAUAUUAUUUACAUACCUCUCACUGCGUUCCUGUGAUGGCACGCCACUUUUGAGAUGUCGGACUGGAAUGCUAAUAAAUUUCAUGGGCAGCAUUAAAGUGGCCAGUUUUCUUAGUAACUAUUAUGGCAUUAGUUACUUGCCCAUAAAGCACAAUUGUCAGCUCUGCUCUUACCUUAUAUUUGAGGCCUUGGGAGGUAACUUAAGAAAAGCCCAGUACUAUACUAAGAUGAACUUUCCUGACUACAGAUAAAAUGUUGACAGCUUUUUGUAUUAGAAAUGGUAUAUUUUCUAUUAAAACCUGUUAUUGACUAUACUAUAGAGUGUUUACAUAAAUGAAUGUGCAAACAGUAUUUAUAUGUUUUAUGAUGAUGGUGAAGUUUGAUUGCUUUGAUGUACUGUACCUCAUUACAUGUCAGCCAUUUCCUUAUACAGUUACCAUGAAAUAGUAUUUUUGUUAUUUACUAAAAGCUGUCACUUAACUGUUUACAAAUUUAUGCUCAUUAUUGCAAUGUCCUAUCUCAAACUUGAAGACAGCAUGUGUGUGUGUGUCUAGUCACUACAGGGCCUACCAUAAAAAACGUAAAGCAGAAAGCAAAUGACUUUGUGAUGCGUGUACUUAGUCACAUGACAUUUGGAAUAUUCCUUUACUCUUUAAUUUGUUAUAAACAGCUAAAGAUACUUGCCUUUGUUUUAUGGAAUUUAUGGAUGUGAAGCCAGCGCAGUGUUUAACGAUACAACCUCAACUGUAGUGCCAUAUAAUAAAAAGUAAGGAGAGGGUUUACAUGGCUAAUGGCCAACUAGCUGAAGUUAUCCUCACAUGUAUUAAAAAGUCUUGCCUACUACUGAAAUUAUCAAGAGUGGUUGGCUUAGAGCAAUAGUUACUCUCAUGAUAAAUUCCAUAAAUGUAUCUGGUGCAAUGACUGAGGAUCAUCCUAAAGAAUAUCUCAAAAUUGUAGUUUUUCAUAAAAAUGACUUAUAAUAAUGAUAUUUAUUUCAAGGCAGCCAUACAUUAGGAACCUGAACAGUUCCACUUUUCCUCCAUCUAGCACCUUCAGGAUGAGCUAUGCCAGACUUGAACAACCAUAUGUGAUUUUCUGUAUACCCUAAACAGAUUUAGAGUACUUAUUUUCAGUACUUAAAUAAUAUUUAACAUCAGUAUAGUCAAACCUUUUUACACUAGUUCAUAUUUAUACUGUACUACAUGACUGGUAAAAUAUAAUUAAGACAAAUUAGACUAAUGGUAACAUUAUAAUGUUGCCAUUGCUCUCAUAUGUAUGUAUGUUAAUGAAUUAAAAUGUGGCCCAGUGCAGACGAGGGGACAAAAAUGCUGGAUUACUGAAUGGCUUCUUUUACCUGCCCUGUGUUCCAAGGGUCUCAAUUUAGUGUUAUUUUUAAUUUAAUUUGUACAAAAGACAUAUUAGUGAUUUUAAUGCAUUCAUCUUUAAUAAUGGUUGUUCAUUUAUAUUAUGUGUUCAAAAAUCAGGAAAUUAAAAACAAUAAAAUUUCCUAAUACUCUUAUUCAUUGACUUCGAGAUAUAUAUUUUAUUCUGUACAGUCCAUUGCAGUUCCUUCCAGUUGCUCUUCAUAUUCUAUUCUUUAUACUGUAUUAGAUUAUCAGUUGAUGAAAUUUUUUACAUUUUUUAAGACAAAAUCUAUUCCCACUACAGUCUACAUAGUGAUAAAGCAGUCAUUGGUGACAACUGGAAUGGUCUGAAUGGUUGGUGGGCAACUGGAGUUAUACAUAGCAAUGUCACUUGAAAUAUUUACAAAUCACCAAAAUACAAAUAUUUAUUUACCACAAAAGGUGUUCCUUUUGUACUGUAUUUUGCAUGUAGCUGUUUAAUGUAAAGCCAGUGAUAUAUUACAUUGACAAGUACACAUCUCAAGGGAAAUGUUGUGAAUAUAUCAAGCGACUUGUUUAUCUCCAGAACAUAACCCCAUCCCAAUAUUAUCCUAAAAGUCUUUCAUAAUUCACUUUCCAGAGCGAAUAUUUUUGAGGGAAACUAAUUGUGUCAUCACGCCAAAAAAUGGUUUGUUUCUUAACCCUGAAGAUAAUGUUGAAACAGUUGUGUAAAUAAAGAGACAUUAUGUA